AUGGGAGAGUCUACAGCGUCUCUGCAACCCGCCGUCUCCGACAGGCGGUUCUCGUGCAGCGCCGUUACACCCGCGGGGCUAGCCGCGGGGAAGGGGAUCGCGAUUGGCGGGGGGGGCGCUGCCGCCGCAGCAGCCGCCGCUGCGCUGUCCGCCGCUGUCGCCGCCGCUGCUGCGGCCUCUGGCGAGGGUAGCAGUGCUGCGGCAUUAAGGAGUCCUUCUGCUGGCGGGUCGGGAUCAGCGGAACUACGGCCUCCAGCCGCGCUGUUCUCUGUUGCGGAAGGCUUUGCGCUCGCCGCUGCGCCGUCCUCCUCCGCCCUCCCCGCGCAAAAAUCUCCCACGGGUGCCGUGGCGGCAGGCGCGCGUGAUCCUGCCGGCGGGAGAGCCGCGCGGACAGGCGUUGGUGGCGGCGGAGAUUGCAAUCGUGGGGGGGGCAGGGGGAUGGCGCGAACGGCGGAAACGGCGGAGUUCGAUCUGUCGGUGCCGGCGAAGGCGCGCAAGUCGAUGUCCGGGUCGGGCAGACGCGCGUCGCUGGACUACUCGGACCUACAAGCCGUGCGGGAGAGAGUGCAGCAGGCCGCGGCCCUCUGGGCACUCGCAGAGGAUAGGGAGCGGGAGAACGGGAACCAAGGCAGUGAUACGGACGAUGACGACGAAGCCAUUAGCAGCAGCGCGCGGGGGGAGCAGCAGGGGAAAUCGGCAGCAGCACUGCACCAAGGUUCUGAUUUGGUUCAACAACAGCAGCAGCACAAGUCCAGCUCAACUCUGGCUUCCCAGUCUCACCCACAGGGAGGAGGAGCAGCAGCGGAGGCUGGGAACCAAGGCAGAGCAGAAGGCCCGUCCCGCAGCAAAGCGGGUGCGCGAGGGUCUCUAAUUCGUCGAUGGCUCAACUUCGGCCGCUCAUAA